CACUGUCCCUCCCUUUCCCUCCCUUUACACACAGGCUUGAGAAGACACUGGAGAAGACUUUGAGUUUGUUGUGUUGCGGGCCUCCCUUUCAGUUGAUCUCCUGUGUGUCUGUCAUGGAUAGAAAAAGAAUAGCCCCUGAGCCACUGGACCUUUUAUGCAAGAAGCCUUGCUAUGAUGCGGAUGAUGAUAUAUCUUCCCCGUGCCUAUAUAUCCACUGAUGAAAGGCCCACUGAAAUUACUAGUCGACUUACUGCUAGUGAUCGUAAGCACCGUUACUUAUCGACAUUCAUCAAGUGGAUCAAGGAAACCACGUUUUACCCUCUGUUUGGGAUGACCGACAUCACCGUUACUGUGAGGGUGGAGGUGGCUACCUUUGAUUCGCUUAAAAUCGACGAUAUCUGUCAAGUUUGCCAAGAAAAAGCUGCAGAGUGUGGACUAGUGGAGGCUGUGAACUCCUUUAACUGGGAGGGUAUUGCGGAUAUUGACCUUGAGAAAAUUGAUGAGCGGCUCCUUGAAGUGGCGACAAGUGCUCAAGCCUGUAAAGUGUUUGGCUUUUACAAUGGCCCAUCGAAAGUUUUUCUCUGGGGGCUGGUCUCCCUUGGACGCAAGAUGCUCUGUGUCAAGCACAAUGCAAGGCUCUACCUCUCUGACUACCCUAGACUCCGGGCUCUGUGUGAGAGUCGGGGUGAAGAAGAGAAUUGAAAUUCCCAGUGAUGACACCAGCUCAACUACACAUAACCGAAAAGCCAGGCACGAGGAUGACCGGAGUAGUGACCUGAGUAGAGCCGAUAGGAGUGACCCAGGCACAGGGGAUGAGCAGGAAUUGAAAGGUGCACCUGAUUUGACAAUCAAGCUACUAAAAGAUCCCAAAGUCUAUCUGAUGAUUGGAGAGUUGAAGAAGAAGGUGACGACAAUGGAAAAAAUGAGACUGAAGGGUGUGUGGAGGGGUGGGUCAAAAACGAAGCUGGAAGAAGUAUAUAGAAGUGUGCAACACCCAAAUAGGACAAUUGCUGUUUUAUUUGGUGACAUUACAACUAAAGCGGUUGCAGCUCUACCUGGACCCAACCGAGCGCGAGAAAGACCACGGGCAACCAACAACAGCUCUUGGUGUAUAUAUGGAAGGGGACAAGACAACACAUGUUGUGGCAAGACAAAUAUCGGAGAGUGGGAGAUCCUCCUGAAUAUCACCAAUGAGUUUGAAUUCUGUGGGAAAGGCCUCGGAGAGACGGUGAAGAUUGUCCACCAUUUCAUGAGCAUGAGGUCCACAUGAAACUUUGAUCAUUCUUUACAUUAUACACACACAUCAAUGAGAUUUUUUAAAUCUACAUGACAUGUCAAUAGAAAUGAGG